AUGAGCACUCUGGAGGACGUCCCGUUUCAGACUCUGCUGGGCCCGCUGCAGGAGGAGGUGACGGCUCCAGACAUCGCUCUGCCAGACUGCCCUCGGAUACUGCGAGACACUGAGUAUAAAUUCAACCUGGAGAAAUGGAUCUUAAGCGGGCAGCAGCCAGUCUCUGAGACCCCCUCCUGCCCCCCCUACUGGCUGAUGUUCAGCAGCCCUCAGGAAAGCCACAGGGCCAAUCGCAGGAGCCGUGAGAUGUGGGCCCCUCGACCCCGCAGCCACAGCCUGAACUCUGCAGACCCCCGCGGGCACCAGCGCACCGUCAGGUUCCUCAUCUCUGACUCUGAGGAGGAAGAUGGGUACCACGAGGAUAAUGAAGCCUCCUCCGCUGAAGACCCCCCCCAUUUCUCCAUAAUGAACAGAGAGCGGCCCCGGAGCGCUGCACCCAAAGUGCCCCUCUCGAGAGUCAAAGACACACAGCCUGGUCCUUCCUCUUCACAGAAGAGCAGCAAGAAGAGGCAGCGCUCACUGGGCAGAAAACACUCCCAGACCACCCCUGCUCCAAUCACCCCCAGGCAGCCAAGACCCUCCUCUGCUGGGCCCCUUGUCAAAAACUGCAGACAGGCCCAGAGGACCGGAGGCUCUCGGGGGGUUUUCUUUGACUCCGCAGCAGAGCUGUUGUCAGCGCUGAGUCAGGAGGAGAGGGAGCUCCUGGGAAUCAUCACGGAGAGGGGCUUCCCGUUACACACCGCCAUCCUGGCUCUGCAAAGGACAGGCUACCACAGCCCAGAGAAGCUCCUAAAAUACCUAGUGGCCAGUGAGCGCCUGUGUGCUCUGGGUUACGAUGAGGCUCAGGUGGAGGAGGCCUUGGAGAUGUUUCAGAACUGUGAGAGCAAGGCUGCGGCGUUCCUGCACCUUCUGACUCAGUUUAAUGAGAUGGGCUUCCAGCAAAGUGCAAUCAAAGAAGUGCUGCUUGUUCAUGAAAAUCACAGAGAGAGGGCUCUGGAGGAACUCAUGACACGCAUGACUUAAACAAAACAUUCCCCCCCCCUAUUUCCAGUUUGCAUGUAUUAUUAAUUAUUGAGAAAUGUACUAUAAUAUUUAUUGAUGUAGUCCCAAAGCAUAAUACAUAACAGAUCCUUCAACAGACUCAUUCUGACAACCUGUGCAAUUCAACCACACCGGUAUGUAUGAAAACAUGAAUGUACAUUAAAAAGAUCAUAAGUGGUAUCCGAAAGGUUUAUUUACAGGUUGAUUAAAAAAUUAACACUGAAGAUUUAGCCGUCAUCCCAGCUGGAGAAAUAAAGUCAGGGUGCAAUAGCUAGCUGCAACGUACUAACACAAAGUAGUGCCCUAGAUAUGGUUAACAGCAUUUCUU